AUGAGCGACACUCCGCGACGUUCCAACCUUUCUCCACCCAACAAAUAUCUUAUCCACCACAUGGACUCAUCCCAGCAUCACGCGGUAUCUCCACAUGAACCCGCACCAGCUGACAGGACUGGCCAGAAACGGCCCGCGCCACGCGGAUCUGCAUCGUAUCCACGCAAACGCGCUGUAACAGCUUGCCAAGUUUGUCGGGCUCGUCGCACGAAAUGCGACAAUGCAAAGCCUGCGUGCACCUUCUGCGUCAAAGUUGGUGCAAAGUGCAUUCAGGCACCGGUUGAUCUUUCAAGCUUCGAUCCUGCAAGCCUCCAAAUUCUUCAACGACUUGACGAUCUGGAACAAGUCGUCCGCGAUGUCGGCAGCGGCAAUGCCACAAGCAAACAGGCUUUUGAGCCUGCGCAGAUGGAUGCAAAACUAGAUCGAUCGCAGCUACUUCCAUGUUCGAUCAAUGCGAUAUUGGAAUGGCAACCUCUAAAGAGGCUGACCGUUGGUCGGGAGGUGCAAGGCCCUGCAUUCCCAUGCACCAACAGGUCUGCUUUGCAGAUGACAGGCUCUCCACCCAUAUCGGGCCUUGAUGAGUUUGAGCCUCAUCGUAUCAAGCUGCUGCUUGACAACUUCUUCAACUACGUACAUGUGAAGAACCCAAUACUGGAUGAGCAGAAAACAAGACGGACUGUGAACAGAGUCUGUAUGCAUGGAAUCGACUGGUCGCCAGAUGCAUGUCUAGCACUCCUAGUCUGCGCACUUGGUACCAUAGCUACUCCACUUGAUGGGGGAUACAUUCGCAGUGAUUCAGAAGCAUAUCGCACCGCCGAGUCUUUCUUUUUGGCCGCCAAAAAGAGGCUUGGUCUCAUCUUAGGGACGUCGAGCCUUGUUGAAGCGCAGUGUAUGUUCUUUGCUGGCGUGUACAGCAUGUGCACAUUUGAUCGGAUGCCGGCCUGGCGAUAUUUCAUGCAGUCAUUGGCUUGUUGUCAGACUUUCCAAUCUCUGAUAGCCUUCACACAAGAUUACGGAGAGCAGUUAGAUGAAGCAGGGCGUCGUUCAGCAGCUGCCGAGCAAGCCAUCUACUGGUCAGCAUGGAAGUCCGAACGUGAGGUGAACGAUGACCUCAAUCUGCCGGGCUUUCUGUUUUCCGAGAUUGACAUCGCCGGGUAUCCACCUUUCUUCCCAACUCCGCCAAAUCAUCAGGACGAAGUGCAGAGAUUGCUCAAUGCGGAAGCUGAGACCCGCGAGCAGAUGUCUUGGUACUUCUAUCUCUCUGAGAUAUCGCUACUGCGAUUGUGGCGUCGCAUGGCCAAAGAGAUCAUGGAAUUUGCGCCAGGUCCAGGGCAAGACCACAUUCUAGGGCUGGCUCAAGGAGUACCAGGCCGCGAAUCCCAAAUUAUGGACUGGAUUCGAGCGUUACCCGGAAAUAUGUCCACACAGGCGCCAGUGGAAGAAGACGAGAUCUGCCGAUUUGUUCUUCGAGGACAUCUUAUCAAUGUCUGGGAGAUUCUUUACUGGCCAUUCGUUAACCGAGCCAUACAAUCGGGUUUGUAUGGUGAUAUCAGUCCUGUUGUACAGCAACUGGCGAGCAAGGGUCUUCAGAUCCAUGUGGACCGCGUCGAUGUCAACCGCCCCGGAUUUUCACACAGACAUCAUGGCACAUUUGGUAUGAUCAAGUCAUGCACACGGAGCGCCCUCAUCCUGCUCGCUGCGGCGAGUAGCUUUACUGCUUAUCGGCAUGAGCAAGCGCCCGUACGCGAACUCGCUUGCGACCUACCAAGUGGGUGGCAAAGAUCUGUUGAAGACGUGAUUCAAUUACUUGAAGCCUGGGUACACGAAGCGGCAGAUCUUUCGACUAUAUUAGCAGUUCUUCGGCAAUUGUACCACGACUGUCCGGCAAGGACCUGA